UGUUUUGUUUUUUUAGGCCCAAACAAAGACACAGAUAAAAGCAGGACAUGCACAUAGAAAUUUGCAGGUUAAUUUAGUCCGUCUCCAAAUAGAGAGGAAAGAAAUGAAAAGGUGUGAGCUCUGUGAUUCUUUAGCAAAAGUAUACUGUGAAUCAGAUCAAGCCAACCUAUGUUGGGACUGUGAUGCUAAUGUUCAUAGUGCAAAUUUUCUUGUUGCCAAACAUUCAAGAUCACUUCUUUGUCAUGUUUGUCAAUCUCUCACGCCCUGGACGGGAACCGGACACAAGUUAGGCCCUACCCUUUCUGUCUGCAACAACUGCGUAAACAACUCGGUUUGUAGAGAAGAAAGAGGAAGAGAAGAUGACGAAGAAGGCGACAAUGAUGAUGGUGAUGAUGAUGAUGAUGAUGAUGAUGAUGAUGAUGAUGAUGAUGAUGAUGAUCUUGAUAGAGAAGAAGAUGGUGAUGAAGAUGAAGAUGAAGAAAAUGGUGAUGGUGGUAAUGAUCAUGGGGGUGAAGAUGAUGAAGAAAAUCAAGUAGUUCCAUGGUCUUCUACGCCGCCUCCGCCUGUUUCAAGCCCUUCUAAUGAUAGUGAAGAAUGUUCAAGCAGAUUUUGUGACAGUGAUGGAGGGAUAUCAAAAUCAAGAAGAGCAUUUUCUUCGAAACACAGGCGUGGAACUGUGCCUUAGCCUACUAAUUCUCAUCGGGUUUAGGCUACGAGUCAUCUGUGUUUGAUGUUAAUUUUGAUAAUCAAAAUCUUUCAUCCAAGCCCUUAUAAAUCUUGAAGCGAAAUUGAAGAUUGUAAAGAUAGAACUCUCUCUUCUGAAUCAGUAUCAUGUAGGGUAGCUAGGCUGCUUCUUGUUGCAAGAUAACCUGAAUGUGUUGAAGUCAAGUGAAUCAACUUUUAUGGGUACCUUGAGCUUAAGGAUAGCUAAAAUUUCCCAUGUCACAACAAGCUCAGCAAAUCAAGAACCUGGAUUUGCUGAAUGAUGAUUUUCACUGGAUUGUAAUAGCCAGGUAAUUUUUCUGUAAUAGCGAAGUUGUUAUAACUUGAAUCUUAGAAUGAUCUUUAUUUACUCUCUGAUA